UCCAACCGCCGACGAACCCCACCUUGCCGGGAAGCUGCAACUACCCCCAGUCCACUCCACCCGCCACUGCCCGAUCGCCGCCGCCGCCAUGUCCAUCCACCUCCGCGCCCACGCCUUCGCGGCGAACCCUCUGCGCGGCCUCUCGGCCUCCAACGCCGCCGCCGCCGCCGUCUCCCCCUCGGCCGCGGCCGACGCCCUCCGCUCCCUCCUCGACGCCGGGGCCGGGGCUGGGGCUGGGGCCGACGCCGCGCAGCCUCACCUCUCCAAGAUCCUCCCCUUCCGCCGCGGCCGGCCCCUCGCGCGCUCCCAGGACCCUCCUCCUCCUCCUCCUCACGUGCCAUCCUCCCCCGCCUCCCCGCCUCCUAUCUGGCGCCUCGCGUGGCUCCCGCCGGCGCGCGUCCCCGGCGUCCCCUCCGACGCCUUCGUGUUCUUGGGCGCGCACGGCGAGGAGGAGGGGAAGGAGGCCUCGGCGUACUGGGCCGUCGACGUCAGCGAGGGCGAGGGGGGCAGUGUCGGAGGCGCCGGGGAUGGAUCGGCGUUUGUGGAUUUGAGGACGCUCAUGGUGGCCACGGACUGGAGGGACAGGGACGCCAUGGGCGACCUCGCCAUCGCCGGCCACGCGCGGGCGCUGCUAGAAUGGCACAGCACAGCAAGAUUCUGCGGAGCAUGUGGAUCGAGGGCUGUUCCGGCUGAAGCCGGAAGGCGGAAGCAGUGCAGCAACGAGUCCUGCAAGAAGAGGAUAUACCCUCGAGUUGAUCCCGUUGUGAUUAUGUUGGUCAUUGAUAAGGAAAAUGACUGUGCCCUCUUAAGCCGUCAGUCGAGAUUCGUACCUCGGAUGUGGAGCUGUCUUGCUGGUUUUAUAGAGCCAGGAGAAAGCUUGGAAGAGGCAGUAAGAAGGGAAACGUGGGAAGAGACUGGCAUUGAAGUUGGGGAAGUCAUUUAUCACAGUUCUCAACCAUGGCCUGUUGGGCCGAGUACUAUGCCCUGCCAACUGAUGGUGGGAUUCUUUGCUUAUGCUAAAUCACUGGAGAUACAUGUGGACAAGAAAGAGCUUGAAGAUGCUCAAUGGCAAAGCCGUGAGGAUGUCAAGAAAGCGUUAACAUUUGCAGAAUACGAGAAAGCUCAGAGAACAAAUGCUCUCAAGGUCAACCAAAUAUGCAAGGGUGUUGAGAAAGGACAGAGCAUCUCUGCCGACCUCAAUGUUGAAACGGAGGAGCCUGCUCCAAUGUUCUUCCCCGGACCCUUUGCCAUUGCUCACCACCUGAUAUCAUCAUGGGCUUUUGAAGGAGCACCAAAGGUGCCUAGCUCCUUCUCCAACCUAUGAGUCUGGAUUCACUUGACAACACACGACGAAAGGAGAUUGGUUAGUGUAGAUCUGAUGUUGUCCAUUGCCGGUUGUAUGAAAAGAUCAAGACAAGUAUACAAGGUUCGUUGGAGGAUUUGGGGCAGUACAGAUUACAGAACACGUACAUCAAUUCUUUUGGUCAUUUUAGCAUGCUAUAUGUUACAGUGUAUAGGCACAGCACAUUUGUGCUGAUGAUGUUUGUAUCCUGCAAUAUUCAGAGAACUGGCAUUGAGCAUGGAAUUUUUCCAUGCUUGUUAGUACACUACGUCAAUCUUUUAAAUGUUGAGUGGUAUAAUUCUGCUUGAAUAAAAUUGCAAUAUUCAAGUUAAUUUGCCCUUAAGUACAUCCGUUU